GGGGCGGAGCUGCGGGAAGCGGGGCGGCAGUUGCCCGCGCCGUGUGAUCGGUGGGCUGGGAGCAAAGGGCGACCCGGGGGGCCAUCGCCCCGAUCCCCCGAUCGCGGGUGCGCUGCCUCCCGCCUCUCCCCGCCUCUCUGCUCGGGGCCGGAGCGGCACAGCUCGGCCAUUUCUUGGCGCCGCGAGGCAUGAAGCUCACCAAAGCCCAGUACGAUGAAAUAGCCCAGUUCCUGGGGCACGUGCAGCCCACCCGGCAGAGCCUGAGGAAGCUGAAGGAGAAGUUCCCUAGUCAAUCGCAGUCCACUCUGCUGAGCAUCUUCUCCCAGGAGUACCAGAAACAAAUAAAAAGAACACAUGCCAAGCAUCAUACUGCAGAAGCAGUUGAAACUUACUACCAAAGGUACCUGAACGGGGUGAUGAAAAAUGCAGCUGCCCCUGUUUUACUGGAGCUGGCCAAUGAGAUGGACUUUGCCCCAUCUUUGAUGGCUCGUAUUGUGUUGGAAAGAUUUCUACAAGAGCAGGAACAAGCCAUCCCAUCCAAAACUCUUAUAAAUAGUAUGCUACGGGAUCCUUCUCAGAUUCCAGAUGGAGUUCUAGCAAAUCAGAUCUAUCAGUGUACUGUGAAUGACUGUUGUUAUGGACCACUGGUGGACUGCAUCAAACAUGCUAUUGGACAUGAGCAUGAAGUCUUGCUGAGAGAAAUGCUUUUGGAAAAAAAUCUUUCUUUUAUAGCCGAAGAUCAGCUUCGUGCAAAGGGUUAUGACAAAACACCAGACUUUAUUUUAGAAGUACCAGUAGCUGUUGAAGGACACAUAAUUCACUGGAUUGAAAGCAAAGCCUCAUUUGGUGAUGAAAGUAGCCACCAAGCCUACUUGCAGGACCAGUUUUGGAGCUACUGGAAUAGAUCUAGAGUGUCUGGAGUAUUUUUCUGAGGAGUUACUCACUCACUGUGAAAUUGUAAUGGAAAAGGAGAAAGGGAAAGAUUGAUCUCAAGGAGCAGGAUGUCACCAUCAUUUGACAAGUACUUUUGUGAAAGUAUCAUUGGGCCUCACUGGACCUUGCCACUGCAUGCAGAUCUACAAAUUGAACAAAGUCUUGCCUGCCUUACCAACAGCAGCUGUGAUUCUCAUACUUAGUAAGUAAAGUUGUUGAUGCUUGAGAGUUCUUGUUAAGCAGGCACAUAAGUGGUUUUUUACAUUUGGGGUGAAAAUGAAGCUAGGCAAUGACGUAAGAUGACUUCAGUAUCAAAAAUAUAAAAGCAAUAAAAAUCUAAUCUGAAGCUCAAAACUCAUCUUUUAAUAUUUCAUCCCACAUAAAAACUCCACAUCUUUUUUUCAAUAAUGCUUACAUUAAUUUUAUGCAACUUUAAGUGACACAAGUAUAAUGAAAUUAUUUAAGCAUAAUUUAAACCUAGAAAUAAGGAAGUAAGAAACAAAUUAGAAGAAAAGGUAAAAUGUUUCACUCUUAUUACUUGGGAGUUUUAAUACAAAAAAAAAAAAGCUAAAAUUGUUUCUGAGUGUAUAAAUUGAUAAGCAAUUAACUGCACACUUGAUUAAAGACAGUGUUUGAUUUUGUGGCUUCUUCUCGCAUAAAGUAAAUUGGCUUUAUUGUAGUUAGCAUUUGUCUGCUUAAGAACAUACCAAUCUCCUGAGUAUACAUAGUGCAUUAUACAAACUUAUUUAUAUAUUUAUGUGUGUAAUUUUAUAACGUAUGUAUGUCAAUUAGGAAAAAAGAUCUUCAUUUCCAUCUCCUAAUCAAAAUAGGAAGAACCUGUAUUCCUCCUGGUUUGUCAUUUGUUUAGUGUGCUCUCAUCCAUCACAAGACUUUGAUAUGAACAUCAAGAAAUCAUGUCCUUUUAUUUCAAAUGAUAAAUAUGAUUUUGUCAUGAGUUCUUACAGACAUCCCAAGAUUUACAUCUAAAUUGUCGAAAGUCUAACUUCACAGUGUCUCUGAUGUAUGACAUUUUUAAUGAAAUAAAUAACUUUUUUUUUAACUUGUCAUGAAUAGGACUUACAUAUUAAAGUUACAAGGCUACGUUAGCUGUGAUGCUGAAAAAAAAUUCUCCUUCCCCCAGUGUUUUUCUAGGGUUUGUUGUUUAUCAUCAAGGGACAAUCAGCUGCACAAGAGCCUCCGCGGACAUUCUUAUUUGCAGGGUCCAAGCCUGUCUGUUCAGGUUUCAUUAUUUAGGUCUGAUGUCUAGUUAGCUCGUAUCAAAACUAAUACCAUCUGAAGUACCAGGCUUCCAGUGGUCACAUAGCUAACAUGAAAAUUUCUUCAAUCUAACUAAUAUUAUUAAAGACAGUAUCUCUUUAAACUUGAGCUUUGUUUCAGUGUCUAUAUCAAUUAUAUCAUGCAAGUACAUUACUUUGAAUGUUUCACUGCUUGUUUCUGUAGAUUGAAAACAUCUGAAUUAAAUGAUAUUCUGCACAUUUUUGAAUUAAAAAGUGAAAAUGCAGACGUUUAUUUUACUACCAUUCUUACUGUGUACUGACUACUACUAAGGUAGAAAUCACUACUAUAUUCCUGGCUUCUUCUCAUUGUUAAUAUAAUACAGUUGAGUUGAAAUGUUUUUGAAGGUAGACAUCCAGACUGAUUUUAUCAACUAUUUUAUCACUUAUGUAGAAAAAGAUUGUGUGUGUCAUGUAAAUAUGUAAUUUAAUUUUAGUUCCUAAAGAAAGCAGUCUUUCCUUAAGAUAUGUGAGUUCACUUGUGCAUGAUAAAACAUUAUUUCUUGCAUUUCUUUUUUGCUUUUGCAUUUGUUUUGUCCUGAGUUUAUCAUGGCUACACUCAUUUUGUGGUAUAGUAUCUUUGAUAUUUGCAGAUUUAAGAUACUUCAAUUUAUAAUCUUUGAAAUUUACAAGACAGUUCAGAUAAGAGUUUAGGAGGAAUUCCACAAAAUGAUUUAAGGAACCAUGAUCAUGUUCAGCUUAUAAGUGCAAUACUUUGUAAUAGAGUACAUAUAGUACACACUAAUAUUAGUUUAUCAAAUUUUUUUAUUAUUCUUUACUUCAGAGAUGUUGAUCACAAUGUUUUUUGUUUAUUCAAGAGCAUUGAUUUGAACCCAAGUUCACUUAAAUAUUAAAAUAAUGUAAAAUAGAUCAUUUUAUUUUACUAAUGUCUGACUUCUGAAUAUUUCUCUUUAUAUGGAAUACACUAGUUACUUGAUUUUAAAAUAAUUAAUAGUAUACAUAUUUCAGGCUGUGAGUAGAAGAGUAAUUUUGAAAGUACGUUCUCAUUUAUUUGUUUCAAAAGAAGAAAUACAUCCUUCACAACACAGCUCAAUACCUUAAGUGAGAUUUUGUGACAUACAAAGGAUGCAUGUGAGUUUUUGAGACACUGAAACUGUAACCCAACUUGAAGAAGACAAUAGUGGCAGUGAGCUUCUGUCCAGAGUUAAUCAGCUGCAGAAUUUGUAAACUGCAUAUGUGUCAAAGUUGAAAAUGUUAGCACUCUGAUAGAAGCUUGAAAAGGUUAGACCUGAUAAAAGCCAUCAGCAGUUAAAGAAUGUGAUUUAUGGGAAUGUAAUGACACAAAAUGCCUCAUUUAUCACUCAUAUAUAGAUAGGUUAAGGUUUCUGUGUCAUACUUUAAAAACUUGACCACUUAGAAUUGUCAAAAUAGGUACUUAAUUGCCCAUCAUACAUUUCAGUUUAAAUUUCCUCUGCUUGAAUUUUCAUGAUUUUACUGUUCUUCUCAUAUGGUUCUUUUUAAAGUCAUUAAUAUUUCAUAUUUAUUUCAUAUUUGUUUCAAAUUGUAUGCUUAGUGCUCUGUUAGAACUUUUUUAAAGUAAAGCUGUUUAUUUGGACACUAUCCAAAUCUUCAUUGAUUUACAGUGUAAUUCAGCCUAACUGUAAGGAAAAUAACUGAAGGUUUCAAUUUCUUUUGUUUUAUACCACUAAUUCUCAUCAAGAGUUUACAGCUUUCUAAUUCAAUCCGUACAUUUCCUCUCUGAAUUGAAAUACGAGAUUUAAAAGUGAGAUCCGUCAGUUGGUUUCCAGUUGCAGUCACUUAAGUUACUGUUUAACUCCGUACAAAUUAAAUUUAAUCCAAAACUACCAGUACUGUUAAAUGACCCUAAAGCAAAAUAAAAAUGGUAGAAGAAAUGCACAGUAGUAUGUUGUACUUUUCCUGAUUUCAUUUGUGGAUAACAACUAGCAAGUCCCUUAGAUUGGAGGCUGUUUUUUUUUUAACUAUCCACAUCAUAAAGCUAAACAAAAUAAAUGCAAAUUUGGAUAAACUCUCAUUGAGAAAUUAUCUUUAAGAACAUAUUUAUAAAACAAAGCAAUUACUUUAAAGAUAUGGCAUAAAUACUAAAAUAUAGGUUCAGCUGCAUAAAGAAAAAGUGUGGUAAUAAAGUUUGAAGGUUUUCUUUUUCUGUAGCAGCUUAUCUUUUUUAAACUACUUAAUCCUCUUAGUUCUUGAUUUUAUACAGAGAAUUCAGAACAAAAUAAUUUUAAUUUUUAAUAUCAAAAAACCUUACCUUAUUGUUAGCUUUCACAAUUUAUGGCCACGGUUGUAUAGCAUUCUGUUUGUUCAGCGAUGACCUUCCAGGUUCGAUUUAAAAAGAAGUCAGAAGCAUUUGUCAUGUGUGCUCGAUCUUGUCCAGAGGUACCUAUUGUAAUUAUAAAGGACUAAUAAGGUUGUUUAUAAUAUAACAUUCUGACAACUCUGGAAAAUCUUCUGGAGAGCAACUCUUUUUUUCAUGUCUAUCUUAAAAAAAAAAAAAAAAUCUUGUAAUCUUCUUGCUUUAUGCUGCACUAUGGUUUAUGGUUAAGAAAGCAUAAAAAACUUUUACCUCAAAAAACUUGACUUAGUUUUAAAAGAUGAGCUGUAUGAUUUGCUCAAUAGUAACACCUUUUGGAAAAUCUGUAAUGGUGAGCUAUAACACUGAUAUAUCCUCUAUUUAAUUAGUGUAUAUAAAAUUGAUGUACUUAGAAAGAAUAAAUUCCUUUCACAAUGUUAAAAAAAAUACUUAACAUGUCUGUUGCAAAAAUGUGUGACACAUGAAGAUAAGAAAAUUCUGCUUCUUAAAAAAAGCCAAACUAAGAAAAUCUUUAUUCUAAGCAUUAGUAAAGUACUGCUACAAGUAGACACUAUUACAGUGGUAUUUUACAUUAUAUAUCAAGAUUUUUACAAUCAUCUCGUGAUUAUUUUUCCCUUCAUAUGUCUGUUUCACCUCCUUUCUUCCCUUUUUUAAUUUAUUUCAGCAUUAUCCAGCAAUACUACUUUUUUAUAGGCAUAUAUAUAAGGUAAACAAAAACAUAUUAAAACUAGUGGAAUCUGAAUGUUUGACAGAAGUGUUUACCUCUCUUGUAGGGUAUGUAACAACACUAUAGCAUUGUCAGGCUGCCAUACAUCACUUAAAUACCCUUAGACAGCAAAAGCAAAAUCUUGACAAUUCGGUAAUCCCAUCAUGUGAUUUCAAGAAGACUUUUUUCAUAUCUACAAUUGAGACAAAUUUAUGUUGUAUGUAUUUAUGAUUGUUAAACUGAAAAUUGUCUCAUUGCAUUAAUUUUUAACAUUGUGCUCUCUUAAUGACUAUGAAGAAAUGUAUUAAAAUGCCUUAAUUAUAGGGCUAGAAGAAGAGAAAGCACAAGUCUUUUUAGCAUAUGAUCUUUCAAUUGUUCACUAAAGGAUAAAGAGGGCAUUCAAGCGUGGUUUAGAUAACUGUCAGCAAUAAUAAAAUGCAAGGUAGUUUGUAGAGCCUUCAAAGACCUUUCAGGGAAAUACAUUUAAUUAAAAAACAAUAAAAUGGACUUCUCAUCUGAAAGAAAUCCAAAAUGUUAUAAAAUUUCAGAAUGUGACUGUGUUACGAGUAAUGUAUGCUUCCAAGCAUGAAGAAAAAUAGCUGUGAAAAUAUUCUGCUGUCCUCACAGCAGUGAUAACAUUUUUUUGUGUGUAUAGAUAUAUGUCCUUUAGCUUUUGACUUACUACCAGAUUAGAGCAUAUUUCAGGUUUUCUUAAAUGAGUGAUUUUGCCUUUUCUUCUGUUGCUUGGGGUUUUUUGUUGUGUUUUUUGUUGUUGUUUGUUUUGCUUUGUUUAUAAGAAAUAUUUUUUCUUUUGUCGCUUUCGGUUUUUUUGUUUUUUGUUUUUUUUUUUUUUGAAAAGUAAGGUGAAUGACUUCUUAAUGUAAAACUGCAUUAUCACAGUUACCCACGGAACAAUAUAAAUGACCUAUUGAUCAAAAUUGUCUGUUAUAUAUUAUGACAGUAUGUUUCAGAGUAUAUUUCUAAUUUCUUUUUUUUGUUUGUUUGUUUUCUUCUCAUUCCACUUGCCACUAGUGUUCUUGUUUUCUUGUUUGUGGGGUAUGUGGAAAAGGUUAGUUAAGUAUUUGUUCUGCACUAUUGAAUUAUACCGCUAUUGGCAUUCUGAAGGCAACUUAACUUAUGUGUAAUUAUGGUUUAUAAACAGCAUUGGCUGUGUCUUUAGAGUACUUUUGCUCCCUUGCUCAGUCUUGUGCUUUCCUGAGAUUUUUGUAAGUUGUUUCUCUCACCCUGCUGCACAUACAUCAAGAGCAUUGACCAAUUAGUUUUUCAUAGCCAAGUAUCAAAUGAGUCUGCAACUUGCCUUUGCAUAAUAGAUUAUUAAUAACUUCACUAAAGUGUUUUUUCAGCAAAUACUAAAACUCUAUCAGUUUUGUAGUUGUAAUUGCUGACCCAAGAACAUUAUGAAAUAUGUUCGUAACAAGAACAUAACUUCAGUGUUCUUUGGUAUCUUCUGGAAAACUGUUUGCCUCAUUAACUCAAAUCAGCGUUGUCUUUGUCACUGACUAGCAGAUCAUAGAGAUGGAAAUUCAUUCCUUUUCUUGGAGCUGGAGAUAUGUCUUUUUAAAAAAGUAAGAUUUGUUUUUUGCUUGCACACAUGAACUUGCAGAAGGAGGAACUGCUACCUUUAAAUGCUGCCUUAGAAUAUAUACCUUGAGCUGGAGCAUAAAUGAAUAGCACAACCUCUGUAUCAUGCAGUGGGUGAUCACCUUAUGAGAAGAACACUGGAAAACAUAUUGAUAUGUGGAAUUGUUCUGCAUAAAAUGCCUCACCAUCUUCUUUACUAGGCUUUCUGAGACUCCAAACUACCCCAGCUGUGAGAGCAUUACAGAGCACCUGCACAAUUCAGUUUGGCAGUUUUUCUGAAUAUGGUGUGCAGUUUUUGAGAAAGAAGUGUCUCACAUCAUGCUGUCACCAAAAUCUCUUCAGUUUUUACCUGGCCCACUCACCCCUUAUCAUAUGGCAGCACUACUAGGUGUGAUAAUGUUUCUUUAGCAAGUACUGUACAAUCUAAUAUUCUUUAACAUGCAGCUCACAAGUUCCUGCAGUAUCAUUACAUUUUCAAUCACUACUAUUGGAUUUAUAAGUCCAAUGGAAGAAGCUCGAGUCAAAAUUUUGAGUCUAGUUGCUUUUCCUUUCUACUAGUGGAUUGUUCUCUGCUCACCAACCUUUUGUGUAAAUUGACUUGUAUGACUUUUUUUGCUAUUAGAGUUGCCAUGUGUCAUACAGAGAUAACUGAUUUUCAACAGUGAUUUCUGUAAACCUUCUGUAAACCACACUAAGCUCUCAUUGAGUACAAAUGACUACAGUAGAGUAUAUUAUUUUUAGCACAAUAAUUUUUACCUUAUUUUCAAUGAAGUUGUUUUCAAAAUGUUUUCUCUGUUGUUAAAAGUCAGUUUUCCUGAUUUUAAAAAUUCUCCUUACUGAUGAUAAUCCUGAAUUAAUUCCUUUAUUGAAAGGACUAUCAUCACUAUACAUCCACUACCACUACAAAACACAACAUUCAUGAGGGAAAUGUGCAAAAGCAUUAUCACAGGACUGAAGGCUCAAUCUGACUUCCUGCAGGACAGACCCUAGGUCCUUGCGUAUAUGCCCAGUAUAUCAAAUUGAAAAGGUGUUUUCUUAAAACUCAGGGUAAAAGACACCAGAGAUAUGGAUGUAUCCAUUCAUACAUAAAUGUGUUGUUUUAUGAAAUAUCUUUCAUGAAAAAUCUAUCUCUUUUUUGAAGAAUCUCUUUUAUGAAAAAUCUAUCUUUCUGUAGCAGAAGUGUAAACCUAAGCACAGAUAUUCUUCUAACCUUCAUUUUCACUGUUUAUAGUAUAUCAGGGAAGGAAAAAAGAAGCCAGGAGUACUGCCUAUUCCUUGGCAUAAAACGUUAUGAAAAUAACGUAAAGUUCCAGAUGUUUUUUGUCUCGUAAUACGAAGAUAAAGGAUAAGUUUCUAGGAAAAAUACAAAUCAUGUUAAACUACUCCUUAAAUCUUUCUGCUCUGCAAAAUGUCCAGGGCAACAAGUUCAGAGAGAACAGCCUGUGUUCCACUACUGUGGAAAAGUGUUUUACAGUUCUAAAAGCACACUACACUGUCUUUUGUGUCCUACUUUCUGGGCCCUUCCCUGUAAAAUCAUCAUGUGGAGCUCUGAAUAUUAAUAACCUUGUCCGUUGAUUUAUUUUAAAUAAAGCUUAAUUUCUACAAGCCUCUGUCCCUCUCCACCAAAUUAGGUGUGUAAUUGGCACAGUGGGAGAAUCCCCUUCAUGUGCACGUAUCUGGGAAACGUGUAGAUCACAACGUAUAUAUAUGUAUCUUAGUGUACAUAUAUAUGUCUGAAUUACAUAAUGGUAACUAAAGUAUGAUAUUUACAUACAUAAUUCUGUGAGGUCAUCGGAGCCAUUUUGGGGCAUACUAAUAUCAUAAAAGUUUAAAGUUGUGCUUUGUUAUUGACAUUAAUAUUUCUUAUAUCUUUUCUAUUUUACUUUCCCUGAUUUUACUCAUACACACUAGUGAGUGUACCUGAACUGAAACCAGGAGAAAACAAACUUCUUAACAAUGGAAUGUGUUAAGAUUUUUUGGUUAAUUGCAGAUAAGAUGAAAAAAGCUGUUGACAUUGUGGAAUAUUGUUGUACCUAUGGAGAAACACAACAUGCUACAUGAGUCUUUUCCAUGACUUGAGGGAAUUCAUGUGUAGAGCGUUCCUUUCAGUAUCUCACAGUGUAUGUUUUAGAGUAUUAAUUGCCUAGUCAGAUUUCAUUAGAGCCCAUUGAGUUUUGCACAAUUAAAAUUAUAGCAACAGCAAAAUGGUACAUGAUGUAAAACAGAAUCUUUGCUUUUGCCAAAGGUGCUAAUCAGGAUUUUCAAAGAGAGAGAGUGGAAGUGGGAGAAACUUAAAAGUCAAGUCUGACACUUAAAGUCAUUAAAUUUGAGAUAGAUGUAGAAAAUAUAAAAGGUAAGCAUGAUAGAUUUUUCUGUAAUGUUGUUCUUGUAUAACAAAAGAUAAUACUUUGUUUAGAGUUUUAGAGUUGUUACUUAUUUUAAAAUGCAAAGGUGAAGAAUUAUAUUAACUGUAAGCUGGUUACAGAUAACUGGCAAAGAUUAUUCAUUUUAUAUUGCAAUAUUCUUGUGGCUGUUAUGGGACAGAUAAAGUAAAAAUACAUUAUCACCUUUUAUACAGAAACAGCCUGUCUAGUAGAGGUCUUGUUCUGUCUGAAGUCAGUGGAACAAACUUAUCCUGUCCUAGAAGCGAGUAAAGCUACCAUCAAUAGAAAUGAGACCUGUGUAAUAAUAUACUCCUUUACAUUAAAUGAUCAGUUACAGCAUAAAAUCCACAAUCCGAGACACUAACUUGCUGUGAGUCCAGUGGGGAUCUGCAAAUAGGAUGAAUAGACAGGAGCAUGUGUUGUUGGACGACAGUCAGAGUUUGCACUGUGUAGCCAAGAAGAGCAAAGGAAUCUUAUCAGUGUGUAUAAAUAGCUGCUGGGAGGGAAUAUAAAACAUGGAAUCAGACUCUUCCUAGUGGUGUCCAGUGGCAGAUCAAGUGAUAUAAUAUACAGGAAAUUCUAUUUAAUCAUCUUAUGAGAGCUGUCAAACACUGGAACAGGUUGUUCAGAGAGAUUGUGAGGUCUUUGUCCUUGAAUAUUCUCAUAACAUGGCUGGACAAAGCCCUGAGCAUCCUGCUGUAGUUCACUGAGCUUUGAAUAGGACGAGACACUCUCCAGAGGUCCCUUUUAACCUCAGCUAUGCAGUGAUUCUGUGAUUUCAUUUAUCGCUAUCUGUAUAACUUAAAAAUGAGUCACAGAGUUAGCAGUGUCAAAGAAAGGGAAAUCUGAAGAGCUUCAGUCCACUAGACUUUGCUGCUAUUACAUUUAAUAUAUGAUUUUCUAGACUAGAACAUCCUUCAAUUAUCAGGGUGAGAGAAAAUUAAGCUGAAGAAAACCAGGAAAGAAAUUUUACCUACCUGCUAAUGUUUUUCUGAAAACUAAUGAUAAGUGCUAAUCUUCAAUAUAAUAUCAAAAACUGAAGUUAUAGCUUAAAAAUGAAGAAAAUUAGGAGGCAAUGAUGGAAGGAAAGUAGUAAGAAUUAGGUUUUUUGAUUCUGUUGAUCUGGAGUUUGGGGAUCAGUUCACAGAAGAGUACACAAAUGUAGACAUACCAAGUUAGCAGUAACUGCUGACAGAUCCUAAUAUGUUAAGGGUUGUAAUCUUUUGAAAGAAGUUGGUUGGCUUUCCUGUUGGCCCUCCUAUCAACUUUAACCUCCAACCUUCCCCGGCAUGUAUCACUACAAAUAAAACUGCUGAGGUUUGACAAGAGGAUAUAAAGUCAGUAGGCCAUCGCACAGAGAUCUCUACAUGAUUUUCUUUAACCUUAAGCUUAAAUGAACACUGCUUUAAGUCAGGGUUUUUAAUAAGAAGUCAUAAACACUCACCCAUAUCACUUUAGUUUAAUAAUUACUGUUUUAACAGAGAAGAGAAGAAAUAUACAUAGUAAAUCAUGUUUGACAACUGGAAUUUGGUGGUUUUGUUACCGGUUGUCUUUGACCAUUAUAUGAAUUGCUGUUCUCAAUUUUAACGUAUACUUUUUCCUUCAAGCUGCAUAUGAUAUUGAUAUAAACAUGACAUUUGUGUACAGUGUUAUAAAUGAAUUUUUAGUUCUUGAUUAAGGCAAACCAGAUGACAAAAAUAACUUCUGUAUUUGUAUUUACUAACGCCAGAAUAAUAAAUCCUCAAAUCUGUA